AAAGAGGGGAGGAGAGCCUAGGCCUCAGUGAAGGAGAGUGGAAGGACAGUGCCGUCGUCGCAGCCUCCCUCACCGCAAUGGCUCUGCCUCUGAGGUCCCUGAGUCGCGGCUUGGCGAGCGCAGCCAAGGGAGCACACGGAGGGGCAGGAGCCAGAACCUGGCGCCUGCUGACCUUCGCGCUGGCGCUCCCGAGCGUGGCCCUCUGCACCCUCAACUGCUGGCUCCACGGGGCCCGCCACGAGCGCCCCGAGUUCAUCCCCUACCACCACCUGCGCAUCCGCACCAAGCCCUACUCCUGGGGGGACGGCAACCACACUCUCUUCCACAAUCCCCGCGUCAACCCUCUGCCCACGGGCUACGAACACCCCUGAGGCGCCGGCGGGCGCCCGGCGAGCAAUAAAGUGCGGAAGGAAGC